AUGAGAAACCCGGACCUAGUUAUCAUUGCCUUGCUGUUCAGCUGUGUAAUAGAUGGUACCGUCUACAGCCAGGUAACCUGCCGCAGAGCCACGUCUCGUGAAUGGCACACUCAGCCAAAGAACAUCAGCGUGAGGUGGACCCUCAUGGAGAACACCUGCAGCAGCUUGACCCAGUGCUGGAAUAGACAAACAGAAACAAAUGGACGCUUGUGGACAAGUGGGCCAUAUCACUUUCCUCAGCUUUGCCCACUGGAAUUUCAACUUGGAGAUGUGAUGUUUGUUUCUGCUGACAGAAAGUUGGAACAAUAUGGUGUCCACCUAAUCAAUGUGUCCAAAGAUGAGUUUGAAAACUGCUUGAUUUUAGAGCCACAAAAGGAGCAGUUGGUGUUUUCCAACAGUAUUAAUGGCACUUUCCAAGUGGAAUCGAAAUGGCUGACAUCUGGUAUGAAUUACUUCACGGUCAUUCAUAGAGGUAGUAGUCUUCUGUGUAGGCUUGGCCUACGCAUUGCACUUCUGGUAAAGCCUAAGUACUGCCAGAGCUCACCUCUUCUCCGUCUGUGUUCGGGAAAUGGUGAAUGCAGAACUACAUUUAAAGAUGAUUCAUUUAGCUGUCAGUGCCACAAACACUUUUCAGGACAUUAUUGCGAGAACACUGAUGGAUGCUAUGAACAGCCAUGCUUAAAUGGAGGCACCUGCCUGAGCAAGAGAACAGCCUACACAGAUUUCCCACCUUAUGAAUGUCUUUGCCCAGCUCCAUUUACAGGUGUCAACUGCUCUGAAAUCAUUGGACAUCAAAAUUGCAGUAAAGGGUGCAAAGAAGGAGCUUGUGUACAAGUCUCAUCAACUUCCUACAGAUGUGAAUGUUUCACAGGAUAUACAGGUACUUACUGUGAGCGAAAGAGGCUCCUCUGCGAUUCAAACCCAUGCUGGAAUGAUGGUCGCUGUGAGGAGACUGCUAAUGAAUAUGUUUGCACAUGCCCAGGGGGUUUCACAGGCCUCAACUGUGAGACCACCACUGAGGCUGACAGCUACUGCAAGUCUAACGGAUGUCAACUGGACGAAGCUUGCACCACAGACAAACUUAAUUCCACAUGUAUUUGCGCAGACUUGGAAUGUUCGGAGCAGGCGGAGGUGUGUGGCACUUUGCCCUGUCUCAACAGUGGCAUCUGUAUAGUUCAGAAUGGCCAGUAUCAUUGCAGAUGCCGACAAGGUUUUUCCGGAAAGAACUGUGAAGAAAUAAUUGACUUCUGCAAGCUGCUCAAUAUUAACUGCCUGAAUGAGGGAUUGUGUCUCAGCCUAGUUGGAGGAUAUAAUUGUCUCUGUGCACCAGGAUGGUCGGGGGAGUUUUGUCAGUACUUGGAUAAUGCAUGCUUAGCCUAUCCAAACAGAUGCGUGAACGGAGCUACUUGCAUCAGUAUGAGUCAGCCAACUGCACCCCCGCACUAUAUGUGCACCUGUCUCCCUGGAUACACAGGACGCUACUGUGAGGCUGAAGUAAAUGAGUGCGAUUCCAGUCCCUGUCAGCACCAGGGAACAUGCACUGACUUUGUUGGAUACUACAAAUGCGCCUGUCCUUCAGGAUACACUGGGGUUGACUGUGAGUUUGACGUGAACGCCUGCGAGCUUCCAAAUGUCACCUGUCCCCCUGGAAAGAUCUGUGUGGAUUUGCCAGGUGACCAGCUCCAUAUAUGUCACACUCAGUGCCCUCGCUAUCUACAGCCAUGUGCAAAUGGAGGACAUUGUGUUCUUAACAACAUUACCAGUUACAGUUGUGUUUGUGCACCUGGCUGGACUGGGCCGACCUGCUUGGUCAACAUAAAUGAGUGUGUCCAGCACAGGUGUCAGAACAGAGCCACCUGCGUGGAUGAAGUUGGUGGGUACAGUUGCCUUUGCGGUCACGGAUAUACUGGAGUCCACUGCGAACUUGACAUUGACUUCUGCUCUGGGCAUCAGUGUUCAGAACACGCCGUCUGUCUGGACCAACAGCACAACUACACCUGUCACUGCAUGCUGGGAUAUGAGGGAACGUUCUGUGAGCUUGAGACAGAUGAAUGCAAAAGUGCACCAUGCGCCAACAGUGCCACUUGCAUUGAUUUGGUGGCAGGUUACCGAUGCCUGUGUGCUCCAGGAUUUAAGGGUCGAACAUGCUCCGAGAAUAUGAAUGAGUGCUGGUUCAGACCCUGCCUUAAUGGGGGCACCUGCAUUGAUCUGGUCAAUGACUACAUUUGUAUCUGUCUACUCGGAUUCACUGGACAUGACUGCUCCAUGGCAGCUACGGGCUGCACUUCCAACCCGUGCGAUACGAAGGGCACUUCCAUGUGUGAAGAGCAGCAGGGCGGUUUCAAGUGCACGUGUCGCCAUGGCUAUACGGGCCCAUUUUGUGAAACUUCCAUCAGUCACUGCGUUGAAGGAUUGUGUCAUCACGGAUCAAAGUGUGUGGAUCUCCCGCUGGGCAUCGUGUGUGAAUGUUUGCCUGGGUUACGAGGACGAUUCUGUGAGGUAAACAUUGAUGACUGUCUGGAUAAGCCUUGUGGUGCGCUCAGUAUCUGUAAAGAUGGUAUCAAUGCCUAUGACUGUUUCUGUGCGCCUGGGUUUGUCGGUAAUAACUGUGAGAUUGAAGUAAAUGAGUGUCUUAGUCAACCCUGUCAGAAUGGAGCGUCCUGCUCAGAUGAGCUUAACUCCUUCAGCUGUCUCUGCCCUGCCGGGACCACAGGGAGUUUAUGUGAAAUAAACAUAGACGAAUGCCAGUCGUCACCAUGCAUGAACAAUGGCACGUGUUUGGACCUCUCAGAUGGCUUUAAAUGCAUUUGCCCUUCAGGUUUCUCUGGUCCUGAGUGCUCGCUGGAUGUUGAUGCAUGUGUCUCAUAUCCCUGUAAGAAUGGAGGCACCUGUAUUGACCAACCGGGUAAUUACUACUGCCGAUGCGCGGCUCCUUUUAAAGGGAUUAACUGCGAGUUGCUGCCCUGUGAGGCCGUUAAUCCAUGUGAUAACGGGGCAGAGUGCGUGGAGGAGGCUGAUCCCGUCCUCUUCCCUCUGGGUUUCCGGUGCCGAUGUCGCCAGGGUUUCACAGGACCCCGCUGUGAGAUCAACAUAGACGAGUGCAGCUCCAACCCCUGUCUGCACGGCUUCUGUUACGACGCUGUGGAUGGUUUUUACUGCUUGUGUAACCCUGGUUACGCUGGAAUAAGAUGUGAGCAGGACGUCAAUGACUGUGUCAACAACAUGUGUGAAAACAACUCGACUUGUGUGGACCUCCAUCUGAGUUACGACUGCCUCUGUCUGCCCGGCUGGGAGGGGGAGUUCUGUCAGUGGGAGACCGAUGAAUGUUCAUCAAACCCCUGUAAAAACAACGCCACCUGUACAGACCUCCUCAACGCUUACAGGUGCAUGUGUCCUCGUGGCUGGAGAGGCCUGGAUUGUGGAGAGGAUGUGAAGGAAUGUUCUUCCUCUCCCUGUCUGAACGGAGCACAUUGUGUGGAGUCUGACGUCCCAGGGGAGUUCUCCUGCACCUGCCCGCCCUUCUUUACAGGCCUCCUCUGUGAACAAGCCUACGACCCCUGCGACCUGCAGCAUAACCCCUGCCUGCACAACUCUACCUGCCGUGCCAAGUCAGAUGGAACCGCCCUCUGUGUUUGCUCAGUCGGGUUUGAGGGAACUCACUGUGAAAUUGAUAGCGAUGACUGUGUCUCAAGACCUUGUCAGAACCAAGGCCAUUGUGUGGAUGGGGUCAACAGUUACAGCUGUUUUUGCAAGCCAGGUUUCUCGGGCCAACGCUGUGAGGAAGACAUCAAUGAGUGCGCAUCCAACCCCUGCCAGAACCGAGGCACCUGCCAAGACCUUGUGAACGGUUUCCAGUGCAACUGUGUCACCGGAUAUUUCGGAACGCUUUGCAACCUGGACAUAAACGAAUGUGAAGCUUCCCCCUGCCUCCAUGAUUCUGUGUGCAUCAACAAACCUGGGGGAUUCAUAUGUGUCUGCCGUACUGGCUUCUCAGGUAAAUGGUGCGAGCUGAACGUUGAUGAGUGCAAAUCUAAUCCAUGCCGAAACAACGGGAGGUGCAUCGAUGGUCUUAAUGGUUACCAGUGUGCGUGCUCCAGAGGUUUCAUGGGCUAUCACUGUGAGAGAAACAUUGAUGAGUGCUCAUCCAACCCCUGUGUUCAUGGGAGUUGCCUGGAUGAAAUGGAUGCAUACAGCUGUCAGUGUGAGGUUGGAUGGACCGGUCACAGAUGUGAGAUCAACAUUAAUGAGUGUGAGACUCAUCCUUGUCUUAAUGGAGGCUCAUGUGUAGAUCUUCAGGACAAAUACGCCUGCAUAUGCGCAGAAGGUUUCACUGGGAAGAACUGUGAGAUUGACCAGAAUGUGUGUCUGCAGACGUCUCUUAAUUUCUCCCUGUGUUUCAAUGGAGGGACAUGUGUGGAUGGACCAGGGGCCAACUUCACAUGCAGCUGCCUGCCAGGUUUUGUGGGAGAUUUCUGUGAGGUAGAGAUGAAUGAAUGCUGCUCUGAGCCCUGCUUUCACGGGGCCAUCUGCCAAGACCUCAUCAAUGGCUACCAAUGUCACUGUCGACCAGGUUGGACAGGCCUUCACUGUGAAGAUGACAUUAAUGAGUGCUUGCCGCAACCGUGCAACCAGGGAAUGUGCAUCCAGAAUGAGCCUGGCCAUGGCUACACCUGCUUCUGUCGGCCCGGAUUUGUGGGGGAAAACUGUGAAUAUAAUUACAAUGACUGCUUGAUCCAAUCAUGCCCUAAUGGGUUUUCCUGUAAGGACAGUAUCAACAAUGUCAACUGUGUCCCUGUGAAGACCGACACAUCCUCUGUUCCUCCCAUCUCAGUCGUAUCGUGGAGAACCAUCAACCCCAACCCAGAGUUACAACCCACUUUAGCACCUGUGGAGAACUUGCAAAACACUGAGCUGCCGACAGAUAUUAGUUUUGGGAGAUAUUCUGGGAAAUCCUUUUUGGAGUUUGAAGGCAUUGAAGUCGAUGGUGUGUUCAAUGUCACGGUGAGAUUCCUGACUGAAUCCAUGUACGGAACCCUGCUGUAUUCGGUCAGUGCCAAAAAAGGCAUCUUCUUCAUAAAACUCUACAUUUCCAAUGGAUCGCUUUGGUAUGACUUUUUGUGCAACCAAAAGGAGGGAGUUCAGCGGAUCUAUAUAGCACAGCAGGUUGCUGAUGGAAAUGAGCAUGUGGUGCUUUUGAGACAAUAUCUUUCUCCGUGUGCAGCCGAAGUCACUAUUACAGGCUUUGAGACUGUCAGAAGUAUUCCGAGCAAUUACACACCAGCCGUGAGUUUACAGAGAACUGACCGUCUCUUCAUAGGAGGGCUUCCUCUUCGGUUUCCACCUUAUAAAGAAGCUGAGCCUUUCCACAACUACACCGGCUGCAUUGAAAUAAUCGAAAUUAAUAAGCUCAGAAGAAUCCGUAUGGACCAUGCCAUUGCCAGGAACAAUGUUGACAACUGCAGGCCUCCCUGGCAUCGUGACCCACCAGCAAACUCCACAGACGAAACCCCUCCUGAUGGGCGUAUCCCACCCACCCAGCCUUCACCUGUGUGUUCGCAGGGGCUCUGUCUCAAUGGUGGAUCCUGUCGGCCCAUCUCUCUGCCCAGCGGAGCUUCGUCUUUCUUCUGUGACUGUCCUCUGCACUUCACGGGACGCCUGUGUGAACAAGAUGCAACUAUCUUUUUCCCUCGAUUUGAUGGUACCUCUUUCUUGGAGUUGCCGUCUCUGACAUCCCUGUUUCAGUCAGACAUGCACUUUACAAGCCAUUCCUCUGAGGACAGGAGGACCAUGUAUUUGACGAUGAAGAGCACGACACCUCAUGGUACUAUUCUCUACUCCCGGGAGCAGAAUUUCGGAGACCGUUUCCUCCAUGUUUUUCUCCAGAAUGGAAGACCAGUGGCCAGGUUGGGCUGCAGCGGUAUUCAUGUUUUGACUGCAGCUGCUCCACAGAAUAUCAGGAACAAUAGCUUGGUGCCAAUUUUAAUGAGAUAUGCAUUGCCAUCUCAUGACAAUGGCCGGCUCUGUGUCAUUGAGAUAGCUGUUGCUAAUGGAACUGCUAAUCGGCAGCAGAAAUACAUGGAUGAGCCUGUGUCAGAGGUGGUGUUUGGCCCCACGUUUCUUGGUGGCGUUCCAUCCCUCUCUGAGCUGCACCACAACAGUGGGAAUGUCUCUGGCUUCAUCGGCUGCAUACGUGAACUGCAGAUGGGCUCCAAAGAGCUGUAUGUGGUGGGGGAAGCGAUCAGAGGCCAAAACAUUCAGAACUGUGAUGCUGCAGUCUGCCAGUACUAUCCCUGCCGCAAUGGAGGAACCUGUAUCAGCGAUGCGGAGAGCUGGUUCUGCUCGUGUCCUUCGCUCUACUCCGGUAAGCUGUGCCAGUUCACUGCCUGCGAGCGAAACCCGUGUGCGCGCGGCGCCACCUGCGUUCCCCAGACGCGGCUCGAAGCAGCGUGUCUUUGCCCCUACGGAAGGCGGGGUCUCCUCUGCGACGAGGCUGUCAACAUCACUCGGCUCAGGUUUAGUGGACUUGAUGAAUUUGGAUACUCAUCCUAUGUGGCUUAUCCUUCUAUUCCCAGUAUGGGUCAUUUUUAUGAAUUCCACCUGAAGCUCACCUUUGCCAAUAAUGUCUCCGCUUUGAGAAACAACCUCAUUCUCUUUUCUGGGCAAAAGGGACAAGGCAUCAGUGGAGAUGACUUCUUCGCAUUGGGGGUGCGGAACGGCAGGAUUGUUCAUAAGUAUAAUCUCGGCUCGGGUUUGGCAACAAUUAUCAGCGAUCGCCUGAAUCCGAGGAUCAACAUUCACACAUUGCACUUUGGAAGAUAUCUGAAAAACGGAUGGCUGAAGGUUGAUGGGCAGAAGAGGAGGAUGGGUACAUCCCCUGGACCACUGGUGGGCUUGAACGCCUUUAGUCAACUUUAUGUGGGUGGAUAUGAAGAAUACACACCUGAGCUAUUGCCUGCGGGCUCUCGAUUCCAGAACAGCUUUCAAGGCUGCAUUUUCGAUCUGCUGUUUCGGACGAGACGAGAUGGGAAGUUUCAUCCUCCAGGAGGGCCCGAGGGCAGGCCAGCAUCAGGACGUAAUGUGGGGCAGUGUGGAGUUAAUCCGUGCAGUUUGGUCAUCUGCCAGAACGGAGGCACCUGUGUGGACUCUGGAUCCUCAGUGCACUGUCAGUGUGUGUUUGGAUGGAAAGGUGCUCUUUGCUCAGAGAAAGUGUCGUUCUGUGAUGCUGAGCACAUCCCACCGCCCUCCUGCGCUCGCGGCGCCGCCUGUGUGCCCCUUCCUGAUGGAUACACAUGCCAGUGCCCCCUAGGCUCUGCUGGACUCUUCUGCCAGCAAGCUUUAUCAAUCAGUGAUCCUUUCUUCAGUGGGAAUCAAUCAUCUUGGAUGUCAUUUCCUCUCAUCAACAUAAGACACAGAACUCAUCUGCAACUGCAGUUUCAAACUCUUUCACCGGAGGGCAUCCUGUUCUACACCGCACGCUACUUGAGCAGUCGGGCCGGUGAUUUCCUCAGCGUAUCCCUAUCAGCUGGAUUUGUGCAGCUCCGCUAUAAUCUGGGAAAUGAAACUAUUGUAUUACAAUCUCCAAAAAGUGUAGACGUGACUGGCAUGAGGUGGCACACAGUGAAGGCUGGUAGGGAAGGCAACCGUGGCUUCCUGAUUCUAGACGAUGAAGCUGUGACCAGGAACUCUUCGGAGGGCUCGACCACUCUGGAUGUCGCCACAAAUAUUUUCAUUGGCGGCGUGUCUUCCCUGAACACAGUGUCCCUGGAUGCAACAGAGAAGAACCCGGUGGGAUUCACUGGUGGCAUUCGAGAGGUCAUAGUCAACGGCCAGGACCUUGAACUUACAGAGACAGGCGCACUGGACGGAGCCAAUGUUGGCGACUGGGACGGGACGGCGUGUGGAUAUAAGGUUUGCUUGAAUGGUGGCUACUGCCAUCCAGCAGGUCUUUCUUCAUUCAGGUGUAUUUGCCCCUCAUUGUGGACCGGUUCACGGUGCCAGCAGUCGGUUCACUGUGUCAACAAUCUUUGUCAACACGAUUCUCUCUGUGUGCAUAAUACAACAUCUGCUUCAUAUUCAUGUAUGUGUUCUUUAGGAUGGAUUGGGACUUAUUGUGACCAAGAAGUUACGAUGAGGACUUUAAGGUUUACUGGAAAUUCUUAUUUUAAAUACAAGGAUCCGAAGUACAACUCUAGGAAUUUGAUGUACACCGAGGUGUCACUGAAUUUUUCUGCUUCAGCAGGGGAUGGUUUGUUCCUUUGGAUGGGGAAAGCAGAGAGUGAAGACGAUGAUCAUCUAGCGGUUGGGCUGCAGGGAGGUUAUCUUAAGGUUUCGGUCAAUCUUGGUGAGAAAACCGCUCUUCCUCUUGUGUAUCAAAACACUUUCUGCUGUAAUCACUGGAAUUACCUGUCUAUUACUCACAACCGGACUCUCAUCCAGGUCUAUGUGAAUGAGGAAAGAGUCAUUUUUGAAGAUAUUGACCCCUUUGAACGGUAUGUAGCGGUAAAUUAUGGAGGUGUGAUUUAUUUCGGGGGUUUUGAAAUGAAAAGAGAUGUGGCGUCAGUUACGUCUGGUGUAUUUACUAAAAGGUUUGAUGGGAGUAUUAAAGAUGUUUUGUUCUAUCAGGACAUCAGAGAGCUGGAGUUUCUACAAAACAGUGAAGGUUUUAAUGUCUAUCAAGGUGAAGAAUAGAAAAAAAUGACUGUGCUUAUUGUUGAUAUCUUGAUAUUUGAGUUUAGAUAUUCACGUCUAGAAUAGAAUUAUUUUCACAAAUACAUCCACAAUGACGCAAUCACAGUGCUCAUUUUCAAGAGGUGAAAUCUGUUGUCAUGGUAAAAUGUUCUGCAAGGUGGUAGGAAUGAUCAUGCAUCUAAGAUGCUUAUCAAGGUACACAAAACACACUACAAAAAAUCAUCUCAAAAUCACCAUACAAACGUGUUGUUUGAAGGAACGAAAUGAAGAGAUGAACACAUGAUAGCAGGACUGUUAUAUAUUUGUGCCUCUUACUGAACUGCCAGUUGAUAUUUGUCCAGAUUUAUUCUUGUUUAUGCCACAAAAAAAUAAAAAAUAAAAAUCGUUCACAACUUUCCACUCUGCACUAACACAACUUGAGUAUUUUAAAAGGGGGGGAAAAAAUUAUUUUAAAUAAAAUAAUGGGGUGACCUUUCUGAAUUUAUGGAUCAACUACUUGUAAAGGAUUUUAUUCUCAAUGUCAAAACAAAUGAACAAAACAGGGCCUUUUUGUCCAUCAAAGGGUCAGAAUGUCAAACUGAAUGUUUUCAUUUCUGAGAUACAAGGUUUGCUGUUUUUGCUACCCUGUUAGUGAAGGUUAGGAUGUCUAAAUGCAUUUAAAACCAUAUUCCAUGUGUUGUUUAAAAAAAAUAAAAUCAGGGCUCACACUUGAUACACUUCCUUUUCCCAUAAUGAUCAAUCUAUAAUAAUCCUAAAAU